GUAGAUACAGGCAAGCGCCGUCGGCCAUGAUGGCAGCAGCAGCAGGACCUAAUACAAGUAAUUUUGCCCAAAGUUCCGCUUUUGCCGACGCAGUACAGCGUGCCCGACAGAUCGCUGCUAAGAUCCAACCAUCCGGUCAGAAGCGUCCACUAGAAGAGGCAGAAGGCGGCAUGGAUCGUUUACCAGGUCCUGAUGCCAAGAGGCCCCCAGGUGGUGGUGGCAGCAGUGGUGGGGGUAGUGGAGGAGGAAGUGGAAGUGGUGGAGGAAGUGGAAGCGGCAGUAGCAGCGGUGGUGGUGGCGGCGGUGGAGGUGGAAGCAGUGGGGGUGGUGGUGGCGGAGGUAGUAGUGGAGAUGGACCCGUCUUCAUGGGAGGACCGCUGAUGGGUGGUGGACCUGGUGGUCCUCCUGGAGGUGGAGGCCCACCUGGUGGUGGUCCUCAUCGUGGGCUUGGAGCAGUUGAAUCUGAUGAAAUCCAAGUUCCAGACAAAAUGGUUGGCUUAAUAAUUGGUCGUGGUGGUGAACAGAUAACUCGGUUGCAGCGAGAAUCUGGAGCAAAAAUUCAAAUGGCGCAGGACAGUGGAGGACUGCCAGACAGAUUAUGCACUAUAUCGGGGCCAAGGGAUGCCAUUAAUCGUGCUAAGGAGAUGAUCUUCGAGAUUGUCUCUCGAGGAGAUGGGCCUCCUGAUAGACGAGGCCGUGGAGGAAUGGGUGGUGGUGGCGGUGGUGGCCCUAUGGGACCUCCAGGCAUGGAUAUGGGGGGAAAUGCAUCUACUGUUGAGAUUAGCAUUCCUGGUCCAAAAGUUGGACUCAUCAUAGGCAAAGGAGGAGAGACCAUUAAGCAGUUGCAGGAGAAGUCUGGAGCAAAAAUGGUAAUUAUUCAAGAUGGGCCACAACAAGAAAAUGAAAAGCCCCUUCGUAUCACUGGAGAACCCCACAAGGUCGAGAUGGCCAAACAAUUAGUGUAUGACCUUAUAGCUGAAAAGGAAACACAGGCUGCUCAGUUUGGUAAUCGUGGCCGUGGUCGUGGUGGUAAUUUUGGAGAACGUAGAGGAGACCGUGACAGAGUAGAUAGAGGUGAUAGGGAUCGACGGGACCGUGACAGAGACCGUGAUGAGUUUGGAGGCGAUGAAAGGGGCUCUAACGACUUCGACCCUCAACAGGAUCGCUUCGGAGGUGGCCGUGGUGGUGGCCGUGGAGGUUUUAAUAAUGAUUGGGGUCGUGGGGGUCCUGGUGGUCCUCCAGGUGGCCCUAUGGGUCGUGGUGGCUUUGGUGGGCCAGGUGGGCCUGGAGGACCAGGUGGGCCUGGUGGUAUGGGAGGACCAGGAGGACCAGGUGGUCCAAUGGGUCGUGGUGGCCCUAUGGGAGGACCAAUGGGUGGUGGCGGAGGCGGCGGUGGAGGUGGUGGUGGAGGUGGCCGUGGUGGUCCAAAUGACAAAGUAGAGGCCUUCUUUAAUGUUCCCGCCAACAAAUGUGGUCUUGUAAUUGGUAAAGGUGGAGAAACCAUCAGAACUAUUAACCAACAAACUGGUGCCCAUUGUGAACUAGAUCGGAGACCUCCAAGCAACCCCAAUGAAAAAACUUUUAUUAUCCGUGGUACUCCUGAGCAGAUAGACAAUGCUAAAAAGAUGAUUGCUGAGAAAGCUGGCAUGGUAAGUAACAAUCCACUUAGUGGCAAAAUGUAUCCUACUCUUUAUCUUUUUCCGUUUUUUCCUGUUGUGUUUACACUCAAACAACUCGUACACUAUCACCUUACGUCAUUUAUUCAGUCAAAGUUUUUAACUUCAUUGCCACUGUUUGUUGCAGGUGGUCAGCCAGACUACUCAGCACAGUGGGCAGACUACUACCGAAGUAUGGGAAUGCACAGAGAGGCUGAGGCAAUUGAACAACAAGCUAAAGGGAUGAAAGUGGGCGGACCCGGUCCCAAUGCGGCACCACAGCAGGGUGGAGGUGUGCAGGCAGCAACCCCAGGAGGUGGCGUUGGAGGAGGCACUGGUGCUCAAGAUUAUUCUCAACAGUGGAUUGAGUACUACCGGUCACAAGGCAUGCAUACAGAGGCUGACAAGAUUGAAGCCCAGAUCAAAGCUUCUAAGGGAGGAGCGGGAGGUCCACCAGGUGGGGGCCCCGGGGCACCAAUGUAUAAUCCAACAUUCAAUCAGGGAUAUUAGGACACGGAUAUAUCGCUUUGGGAAGCGGCUACUUCUCUUCUAGAUGACAGACCCAUUUGUUGUUGCCUUGAAGACUUCAGUUGUGAGUUGUUGGCCUCAAAAUGUAUCAUGUUGCGAUAUCUUAUUCGUGAUGUCAUGAUGUUCCCCGAUGAUAUGAGAUGCUAUUCAUAAGGAUGGUAUGAAGCUGCUGCAUACUUCAAGAUGUACAAUGAUUUUCGUGUCACUUAUAACUACUAUUAUUAUAAUUGUAAGAGGGUUCUUGUUAAUGAAGCUGCUUUUUUUUCUCCUUUUUUUUUUAUCAGAUCUUGUAAAUAUGUCACAUAGUUAACUCUUUCUAUAAUUAUGCCUAAUGUCAGAAAUAUACCUUGUACAAGAUAAUUGUAGGUUUUAUUGCUGUGCUAAGGGGAAAAAAAAUCUCAUUGUUUGAUGGGGUAGCUGGGGUGGGCUUCGCUGACCUCUCAGAAAUGUGCAUUCUUACUCUUUUAAGCCAUGUACCACGUGCCUAUUCUGCAUAUUAUUCUCCGUACAAUCCCAGUAUUGAAAUUGAUCCCUUAUUCUGUUUUUAUAUCAUUGCAAUUGAAAUUUUUCAUGUAAUAUCCUAACCUCCUUUUACAGGUUAAUAUCUCCGUGAUAUGCCAUUCUUUUUUUUAUAUACAUAUAUACGUAUAUAUUUAUACAUAUAUACACUCAAGAAAUCAUAAUGUUUAUACCGUAAUACCAUUUCGGGAUAUUUGUGAAUGUCAUAUGUUAUGUUAUGGCCAAUAUCAUUACAGGCUAUUCAGGGAAAUGAGUUAAGGAGGAAGAAGAAACACAAUCACCACGCGACAAGCAGGUAAAUGUAGUAAAUGAUACUCUAGAUUAUUAUUAUUAUGACCAUUUACAUCCACGUGGAUGAUAUUGAUACCGUAGUUUUAUUGCUCUGCCGCAUUGGCCCUUGCUCAUGGCUGGGGCACAUUUAUCAGCUAUUUUAUAUUUUAUAUUUGCCAUUGAUGUGUUAUUUUAUAUCCAUAUUUAUAUUUUUUCAUUUAUAAUGAAGGCAUGGUGCUCCCUUGGUGUGUUUCUCAAUAUGGCAGUGAAUAUUAUCUUGUGAUUUCCAUUUUGAUCCGAACCCAUCUUUAUUAUUAUUAUUGAUGCCCGUAUUCUUAUUGACAACUGCUUUAUGGAUGAUAAUGAUCUACAUUCUGAUUGUCAGUGGUGGUGAGAGGUUCAGCUCAUUCCAAGCACAUGGGUGGGGAAUCGGGUGGGUAGGUCUUCUGCACUUGUGUAGGCCAGGUCAGCAAAGUGUUGUUUUAUGUUGAAAAAGUUGUCCAGUUGAAUAGGUUAGUAUUCCCUCUUAAUGGAAAGCACGUCUUAAAUUAUAUUUUUCUUGGUGGGUUUCGUCAGGUAAAUCCUCCCUAGUAUUUUUAAUUUUUCAAUUCUUCGUGACAUGAAGGUUUUUUCCACAUGUAUUUUUGGAGUUUCACAGACUUGCUCAAUUGCUGCCACUGGCCGGUGUAUCAUUGAGACGACCAAUAAAAACCUUCCUAACUCCAGCCCUGUGUCCUUACUGCCCUAGCGCCCCUGUAUUGGUCUUAAGACAAUUAAUAAAAAUGUGUGAUUA